AUGGCGCACGAACAAGAAUCCGAAUCUGAAUGGGAAGAAGAAUUGGUCGAGCUCGUUUCCAAAGAGUUCAAUAUCCCAAAAAGUACGCCAACUAGCCGUAACAGGGAGAUUGGCGCCCGUGGGCAUGAAACACAUGGUGCGAGCUUCAUGGCUGGGUCAAAUGUCCCAGGCCAGAGAACCAAGGUGCAGUGUCGUUAUAAUCUGAAGGCGCGACAGAAAUCCAAGCGCCGUGCCCAGAUGAACCAAGAAUGUACCAUCGAUAAGGUGCCUUGGUCUGAAUCAUCCCCCUUCGCGCAUGUGGAAGCUCUGGAGGAUGGAAGAGCUGAAGCCUCACGUGCGAAAAAGAAACGUCCAGCUCCAGAUGUCUCGCCUUCUCUUCGUUCUCAGUCUCCCCUUCAGUCGCCUGAAUCCAAGACGGUUUCGCAGGGGUCCGAGCAAGACAUUGAGCACGAAGAGAAGAUGAAACUCGAAGGGGAUCUAUGGGUUCAAGUUAUGGAAGUCGCAAAGGAAUGGUACAAGAAGAAAAUUCAGCAUGCACAGCAGCAGUAA